AUGGAGCUAUUGAGAUCUUCAUUAGAGCUGGGAGAUGGUGAAGGAGUGACAUUUAUGUCAGAUAUACAGAAGGGUUUGCUGGAUGCUGUGUCUACUGUGGUACCUAAAUCACAUCAUAGAUGGUGUGUUAGGCAUCUUAAAGAUAAUUGGAGCAAGAAUUGGAGGGGUUUAGAGAAGAAAAAAUUACUAUGGUGGUGUGCUUGGAGCACUUAUGAAGAAGAAUUCAAAGAUCAUUUGAAUACAAUGGGUGAUAUUAAUGAAAAUGCUGCUAAAGAUCUCAUAUGGUACCCACCCCAAAACUGGUGUAGGUCUUACUUUGAUACCACAUGCAAGAACUACAUGGUCAUGACUAUGUUGAAAGAUCGUGAAGAGGAACGUAGAAUUUGGAGAGGAGAAUUUAGUCCUUAUGCCAUGGAGUUGCUGAAUGAUUUCACACAGAAUGCACAAGGGUGUGAAGUUGUUUUUAAUGGAGAUAAUGGAUAUGAAGUUGUUGAAGGUGCACACAGGCAUACAGUCAAUCUUCUACUUAAGAAGUGUACAUGUAGGACAUGGGACUUGUCAGGAAUACCAUGUCCUCAUGCCAUCAAAGCUUUAGAUAAUAACAAAGAAGAUCCAUUGAGUGAAGUGCAUUGGUGGUAUUCAAAGAAAGCCUACAUGUUGGUGUACAUGCAUAAACUACAACCAGUAAGAGGUGAUAAAUUCUAG